UGUCCGCGUGUCUCUCCCCGGGAUGGCUCAAACACGGAAGUUUACACCCAGAGGAUGAGGAGCGCGGCAGCGGACUAGAAGCGCGGUUGUCGGUAGACGCAGGAGCAACGGCGAAACGCCGCGCUGCGAAACCCCCCCACAACCAACUCCGAACUUCCAAUGGCUUCUCUGGCGAGCGCGGAGCGACGGGCUUUCGCUCUUAAAAUCAACAGACAUUCGUCUGCAGAAAUUAGGCGACACUUCAGUGGGAACCAUGGCUCCUAUCACAGUCGGACCAACUCCAACGCUUCGGCCUCAGUGUGCUUUAUUAUGCCUCAGUCAUAUGAGGCGGUGGAGCCCCUGGACUUUGAGGAGUUCCUGAUGUCCCAGGUGCAAGGCGGAGACUCGGCCCUGAUGCAGGAAAUAGGAGACUUUCCCAACGAUGACCUGAAAGUGGAGGAGGUGGAGAAGGAGUGCCGCACCAUCCGGCACUCCGUCCCCGAGGAUGGAGUGGAGUUGGAUCCCCAUGUGAGAGACUGUGUUCGAAGUUACACCCAGCCAUGGCUUGUGGUCUCCAGAAGGUGCCAGGGGGAUGGCUGGACUGCAUAUUCCGAGCGGGCUGGCCUGCACAAACUCCUUCAAAAACAGACUUUCGAGUCAGACGACCAGCCAGAACAAGAGAUUCCAGCUAAGUCUCCCCCUCUGGCGAGGUUGAGUGAUGACUGUGGCAAGAUACUGACCUCCACUGACUUUGACCUGCGGUGUUUGACCCCCGACCCACGGGUGGAGGGACUGCUGCGCUUCAGAAGUCACGAGGAGUUGGAUUGCUUCAACCAGGAGGCACGGUGGAGAAACCGGCACCCUGAACUCUUUGCUCUGUACCCACCAGCAGAUGAGGAAGAUGCAGUGGAGAUCAGGCCCAUCCCAGACUGUCCCAAAGAGCACAUGGGGGACCGCAUCGUUAUCCGAUGUCAAGCCAUCAAGUUUGAAAUCGAGAUUGAGCCCAUAUUUGCCAGCCUGGCCUUAUAUGACCUGAAAGAGAAAAAGAAGAUAUCUGAGAACUUCUACUGCGAUCUGAACUCGGAGCAGUUUAAAGGUUUCCUCAAGCAUCACACGCCACACGUGGAUCACUCCAGUCUGGCCAGAUCUGGCAUCUUCUCCAUCACCUACCCUUCGCCAGAUAUCUAUCUGGUCAUCAAGAUAGAGAAGGUGCUCCAGCAGGGAGAGAUCGGUGACUGUGCAGAGCCUUACAUGACCAUGAGAGAAAACGACUCGGCAAAGAACAAGGACAAGUUGGAGAAGCUGCGAGGCCAGGCGGAGAUGUUCUGCCAGAGGUUGGGUCGGUACCGCAUGCCCUUUGCCUGGGCCACCGUUAAUAUCAUGGAUGUUAUCAACACUGCCACACUAGACCGUGAUGUCACGGACUCGGACAGCCUUAAAGGAGGUAAAUCUAGCAGUAUGGACAGAAGGGCACCACUUCCCAGGAGGAACUCUGAGCGUUUCAACAACAUAGAUGAUCAACCAUAUAACCUUUCUGUCUUUAAACCUGCUACUAUCACCAUCUCCACAAUCUUCAAACAGGAGGGAGACCGUUUAAGUGAUGAGGAUUUGCUCAAGUUCCUGGGUGAGAUUAGGAAGACCUCCACUGCACAUAGAAGAGUCAAGACCAUAACAGGUACAAUAAAACUGGACAUGACGGCAGCCCAUGACAUGCCACAGGCCUGUCUCUCUACUGAGCUCAUCCCUCUGAAACCAGUGGCUGAAAAAAACAUUCGACCAAUCAAAGAAGUACUGGAGUUUCCCUCCAGUGAGGUCUAUGUCCCGCACAAUAUAUACAGGAACCUGCUGUUUGUCUAUCCGCAUAGGCUAAACUUUGUCAACAGGCUAACAUCAGCACGAAACAUCACCAUCAAAAUCCAGUUCAUGAGCGGCGAGGAUCCCGGCUGCUCGCUGCCUGUUAUUUUUGGGAAAUCCAGUGGACCCGAAUUCGUGCAGGAGGUCUACACACCCAUCGCCUACCAUAAUAAGUCCCCAGACUUUCACGAGGAAGUGAAGCUGAACCCUUCCAGCUCGGCUGACCCAGAGAACCACCUGCUGUUUACCUUCUACCACAUCAGCUGCCAGCAGAAGCAGAACCAGAGCGGCAACUGCGAGACGCUCAUCGGAUAUUCUUGGCUUCCGAUUCUGAAUAACGAGCAGCUGCAGACGGGUCAGUACUGUCUCCCCAUUGUGCUCGACCGACUGCCUGUGAACUACUCACUGCACUCACCUGAGAAAGUCCCUCUCCAGAUUCCCCCAGUCAAGUGGAUGGAAAGUCAUAAAGGGCUGUUUGACCUGGAGAUCCAGGCUGUGUCUUCUGUACACACACAGGACAACCAUUUGGAGCGUUUCUUUACUCUCUGUCACGCCCUGGAGGGUGGUGCGACUUUCCCUCUGCGGGUCAGGGAGGAGAAGAUACCAGAGAACAAGCUGGAGCAUGAGCUGAAGCUCAGCAUCAUUUCCCUGUCGUCCUCCAGGCUAGAGCCUCUGGUCCUCUACCUCCACCUGGUGCUGGAUAAACUCUUCACACUCAUCAUGCAGCCCAUGCUCAUUGCUGGACAGACAGCCAACCUGGCCCAGAUAGCCUUUGAGUCAGUGGUGUCCAUCGUCAACAGUCUCCAUAACAGCCAAGAGCUGACAAGGGACCAGCUGGGCAGGAAUGGCCUCUUGGCAACCUACCUCUACUGGGUGUUUUGUCUGCCCGAAGCCUCCCGAGAGAUCCAAAACACAGGUCCAGGCACUGUGUUAACCUCUGAAAGUCGAUACAGCACUAUGGGCCGGGCUACAGCCACCAACAUUGGCAACAUGCUUUUCCAGUCCAGGAUCCGCAGCAGCAGCAAUCCUGAUAUCCCUGGUCCACAAACCUCUGCUGAGGACACUGAAGUCAAAAACAUCCUUUCUUCUAAGGGUCUUAACAACCCAGGUGUUCGCAUGUCCACCAUCUUGGAUGUGAACAGCCAGAACUCCACGGGAAGCACAAGGCCGUCCAACAGAAAGCAGUUUCAUGAGGAGCUGGCCUUGCAGAUGGUUGUCAGCACCGGGGUCUGCAGAGAGAAUGCAUACAAAUAUGCCUGGUUCUUCUUUGAGCUGCUGGUGAAAAGCAUGGCUCAACACACCGCUCAGCUAGAGAAGCAAAAUGUCCCUCGAAGAGGCCGCUUCUCUGACAGAUUCAAAGACGACAUCACGACCAUUGUUUCUGUGGUCACUGCUGAGAUUGCGACCAUUCUCGUCAAACAGCAAAAGGAGUUAGAGCAAGCGGAAAAGGUCAACAUCAGCCUUGCCUUCUUCCUCUAUGACCUGCUAUCACUCAUGGAUAGAGGCUUUGUUUUCCAGCUGGUGAAAAACUACUGCAACCAGAUGUCAGCCAAGAGUGUGUCCAUGGCGACAACCAUCAGCAUGCGUCUGGAGUUUCUUCGCAUCCUUUGCAGUCAUGAACACUACCUCAACCUCAGCCUGUUCUUCAGCAGCCCUGCCUCCGCCCCCGCCUCCCCAUGCCCAUCCAUUUCCUCACAGAAUUCCAGUUCAUAUAGUUUUCAGGAGCAGCAGAGGAUCUUGGGAUUGUUUGAGUUAUCCCAGGAGUUCAAACAGCAGCACUACCUCACAGGUUUACUGCUCACAGAGCUCAGCGCAGCGCUGGACAUGGAGUCCGAAGGGGGCAAGGUUCAGAGGAGGGCCAUCAAUGCCACCUACAGCCUGCUAUGUGCCCAUGACUUAGACCACCGCUGCAUUAAACCUGAGGUCAAAGCUAAGGUUGCUGCUCUCUACCUACCCCUAGUGGGCAUCAUCAUUGACUCAAUCAACUACCUGGACUUCACAGUCUCUGAUGCUCGUGGUGGGAAAAACAAGACAGGCGGCCCCGAAGACGACCCUGAAAAUGUCCCUCCCAUCAAUCAGUCUGUUGCCAUGGCGAUUGCCGGGAACCCCUUCAGCACCUUGGGAAGGAAUGCCCUCGUUUCCAUGACAUCUAUGCAAGGUAAACCGGUGGCAACUCUUGCAGCAGACACCAGCCGCCACCUGUUGGUGUGUUUGCUUUGGGUGAUGAAGAACACCGAGAGGAGUCUGAUUCAGCGCUGGACUGCAGAUAUGCCCUCCUCUCAGCUCAACAAGCUGCUGGAGCUCCUUACCAUCUGUGUCUCCUGCUUCGAGUACAGGGGGAAGCAGAGCAGUGACAAGGUGAGUAGCCAGGCUUUGCAGAAGUCUCAGCAGGCUAAACUGCAGCUAGAGGAAGCCCUGCUGAGAGGAAUGGGAGCCCGGGGGGAAAUGAUGAAGCGAGUUGGAGGAACGGAUAGGAUUAUGGGUCAGAGAGAGAACCUGCGCUGGAGGAAAGAUCUCACCCAGUGGAGACAGACCAAUGACAAGCAGGACAAAACAAAGGCUGAGUUGGAUCAGGAGGCUCUGAUCAGUGGGAACCUGGCUACAGAGUCCAACCUGAUAGUGCUGGAUCUUCUGGAGACCAUUGUACAGGCAGUUCCACUGGCUGAGUGUAAGGACAGCGUUGUGGGCGGGGUGUUGAGGGUGUUGCUGCACUCUCUCACCUGCAGCCAAAGCAGCACAUUCCUCUCUCACACCUUCAGCACACUCCGAGCAAUUGUUGUCAAGUUUGGGGACCUGUUGUUCGAGGAAGAGGCAGAGCAAUGUGCGGAUUUGUGCCAGAAGGUCCUUCAGUACUGCAGCAGCCCUGUAGAUGAGAACAGGAGCCAGGCCUGCGCUACCCUCUACCUCAUCAUGAGAUACAGCUACAGCAAUGCUAGCAAUUUUUCACGGGUGAAGAUGCAGGUGACCAUGUCUCUGGCCUCUCUGGUGGGCAAGUCCUCGGACUUCCACGAGGAACACCUGCGCCGUUCCCUCCGCACCAUCCUGGCCUACGCUGAGGAAGACGCCGAGAUGCAGAACACUCAGCUGCCCUCCCAGGUGGAUGAGCUCCUGAGGAACCUUAACAGUAUUCUGUCAGACACGGUGAAGAUGAGAGAGUUCCAGGAAGACCCUGAGAUGCUCAUGGAUCUCAUGUACAGGAUUGCGAAGGGCUACCAGACGUCUCCUGACCUGCGUCUGACCUGGCUGCAAAACAUGGCAGAGAAGCACAAUAACAGGAAGUGCUACACUGAGUCAGCCAUGUGUCUGGUCCAUGCAGCCGCCCUGGUGGCUGAGUACCUCAGUAUGCUGGAGGAUCACAAGUACCUGCCCGUGGGCAGUGUCACAUUCCAGAACAUCUCCCCCAAUGUGCUGGAGGAGUCUGCCGUGUCGGAUGACAUCCUGUCCCCGGACGAGGACGGGGUGUGUUCGGGACGCUACUUUACCGAGAGCGGGCUGGUGGGACUGCUCGAGCAGGCCGCGGAGCUCUUCAGCAAUGGGGGUCUCUAUGAGGCAGUGAACGAGGUGUAUAAGAUCAUCGUGCCCAUCCUGGAGGCACACCGAGAUUUCAGAAAGCUGGCCUCCACUCAUGACAAGCUACAGCGAGCCUUCAACAACAUCAUGCAGAAGGGCCACAAAAGAAUGUUUGGAACUUAUUUCCGGGUUGGUUUUUAUGGGGCCAAGUUUGGAGACCUAGAUGAACGUGAAUUUAUUUACAAGGAGCCAGGGAUCACACAUCUGCCUGAGAUCUCUCACAGACUGGAGAACUUCUACAGUCAGUGUUUUGGAGAGGAUGUUUUGGAGAUGAUUAAAGACUCUACACCGGUGGACAGGAAAAAACUCAACCCGAGCAAGGCAUAUAUCCAGAUCACUUACGUGGAGCCCUACUUUGACGACUAUGAGAUGAAAGACCGGCUGACCAACUUUGAGAAAAACUUCAACCUGAGACGCUUCAUGUACACGACGCCGUUCACCAAGAGUGGGCGACCGCGGGGCGAGCUGCACGAGCAGUACAAGAAAAAGACCAUCCUCACCACCAUGCACGCCUUCCCCUACGUCAAAACCCGAAUCAACGUCAUUCAGAAGGAGGAGUUUGAUCUGACUCCUAUCGAGGUGGCCAUCGAGGACAUGCAGAAGAAGACGAGAGAGCUGGCGGUCGCCACACACAGAGAACAACCUGAUGCUAAAAUGUUACAGAUGCUGCUUCAAGGCUCUGUGGGAGCCACUGUUAACCAGGGUCCGCUGGAGGUGGCCCAGGUCUUUCUGAACGAGAUUCCGGCGGACCCGAAGCUUUUCCGUCACCACAACAAACUGCGCCUCUGUUUCAAAGAGUUCAUCAUGAGGUGUGGCGAGGCAGUUGAGAAGAACAAACACCUGAUCACAUUGGAUCAGAAGGAGUACCAGCAGGAGCUGAAGAAGAACUACAACCGUCUGAGAGAGAGCCUGAGGCCCAUGCUGGAAAGGAAGAUCCCUGAGCUCUACAAACCCAUCAUCAAACCACGUCUGGAGAACAGGAAUUCCUUUAAACGGCUGAGUUUCCGCAGAACUCAGGAGGAAAACUCCUGAGAUGCCGCGGCUAAUCUGGGAAGUUUCUGCUGAGAGCCAUGGGGAGGAUGUCAUGCAACGCAGAGAGAGGGAGAGGAGAUAAGAUGAAAGAGGAGAAAUUGGCAAAGGGACAACUGGCGAUACCCCUGCAACACGUCUGCACGGGAAGUGGUGCGCACGUGUCGUCUGAGGACAAACCUAUGAGUUUCAGCAAUCCACCUUUCUAGUCCUCCGUAUGUGUGCCUCUUCUUCUCUGUGUUCCGCGGUUGCAUGUUACAGCACAUGUCAGGACCUAAAAGAGGUCUAAAUCAAAGUGUAGCUUAUUUUGGAAUUUGACUGUACAUUGCUCUCGGUUGUGUUGAUUUUCAAGAUGACUAAAAGUCCUAAUGAUGCUGCAAACAACAUUUUCUGGGUUGGUUAAUAAACGGACAAGACUGAGGUCUCUGAGGCCCUUGCUGACCCAGGGACUGUAGAUGUGCCCAACAGCACCCAGUUUCUCUUGCCCCUGUGCUUGCAUAUGUGUGGAAAUGUUUGCAUGUCAAGUAUCAUGCUUGCAAUGUGUGAGUACAUGUAGUAGAUGGAAAUAUGCAUUUCUUUUUCCUAGUGUACCGAAACCACUUUGUCCUUGAUUAUGAUAAGUGAUUCUUUUGUAUGCUAAAGGGCCUUUGAAUUACACUCUUCAGUGACUGUGCAUGGUGCGUGCCAGGCAGCACAGCAAGAGUUUUGGAUGGAUUCUCUCACCUGUAAUAAUAGAUACAACCUGUUAGCUCUAGAUGACAUGCUUAUUUUUUUAUUUUUAUUUUUGACUUAUUUGACUUAUGUAGAUAGUGGCAGGCGGAGUUUAACUUAUUAAGAGUUAUUUGAAGUGAUUUCAUAGAGGUCUGGUAGCGAUACAGUCAUGGUACAUGACGUAGCUGAGGCUCCAAGUCAUCGUGAGGCUUAUCCUAAAAUCCAAAUUGUGAUGUACAGUAUGUAGGAAAACAAUUACCAAGAGUAUGUUUACAAAAUUAGAAGAAAAUUUUCCUCACAUUUUAUUUUAUAUAAUACUGAAAUAUUAUAUGUUUUUAAAUAAAUUCUAGCAAUAAUAACAAUAUAACGUUAGUACAUUGCAAAGAUUUUGGUCCGAGUACUUGGAGUAUUAUUUUUGGUGUACAUGUUUCAAUAGCCUCCUCUCCUCUGUGUGGAGUUUGCAUGUUCUCCCCGUGUCUGCAUGGAUUUCCUCUCGGGUGCUCCGAUUUCCUCCCACACUUCAGACAUGUAGGUCAGGUGAAUCGACCGUACUAGAUUGUACCUGGGUAUGAGUGUGUGUGUGUGGGUGUGUGAGCCCUGUGUGAUGGCCUGGCGGCCUGUCCAUGGUGUCUCCCCGCCUGCCGCCCAGUGACUGCUGGGAUAGGCUCCAGCGACCAGGAUAAGCAGUUCGGAUAGUGGAUGGACGGACGGCUGUUUCAAUAGCUUCAGUAAUUUUUGUAAAUGGAUCACUUCCUAUACCGACGCCUAGUGCCAAAUUUAAGACUUUCCCUGUGUACUUACAAACCAAGAUACUUAACCACAGGUGCGAUGUUUUUAAGUCACGAUUACGUUUUGCUUUAUUGUGUCAUUUGUGUUAAGUUCAUGUUUUACGAUGCAUUCCAAGAGAGAAAUGGCUUAUACUGGAAAUCAGUGAUCACCAACCUGUUGUACUGUAAAAUGUUUAUUGCUAACAGUGAAUUUUCUUGCUGGCUGUCAGUCAAAAUUGACCACUGGAAACCCUUUUUGUUUGUUUUAUUGUUACGUUCACGUGUUUUUAAAUGUGGAACAUUACGUUCCUUGCCAUGCACAUAUUGUGGCAGUGCACUUGAAUAAAAUUUAAUAUAUUCA